AGUUAUGAAAUGAUAACAUCCGGUUUUCCGGCUGGUGGGCACUGGGCAGAGCUGUGUGUAGGUAGCAAUCAGAGAUGGGAGUCUCAAGGUUACCGUCCGCAGCGCUGACUUUCAAACAGUUUUUACAGAGACAGAAGGUUCUGGGGAUUUACAGAAACAUGUUGAGGACCAUUCGUCAGGUACCAGACAAGACGGACAGGAAGUACCUCAGCGAGUGGGCGAGAGACGAGUUCAAGAGGAACAAGAACGCCACAGAGCAGGAUGCGGUCCGUAUGAUGGUCACUCAGGCUAACAAGCACCUGGAGGAGCUGCAGGGCUCUCUGGCGCUGGCCAAGAGUUAACCUGAGAGCUGGGGGGCUGACUCUGAUCCGGAUCCUUCUCUGAGGGCUCGAGUCAUCGGAAGGGCCGAUGCAGAAUGUACACUUCUUCAGCUGGACAUCUUUAUUUGAAGGAUAUAUUGAUGGAACGGACCAUAGGCAUCUUCUUGCAAAACAGCCUGUGUUGAGGACUCUUGUUCCGUACUAAUAGGAACUCAUUGUAUUGUGUAUUGUGUGUAUUAAAGAGGAACUGAUGAGA